AUGCACACCACAGAAUCAAAAAGUGAAUCUAUCUUGGAGGAUAGAGCUGAUCAGAUCCUCAAUGAUCCUAAUAAUAGCAUAUACGAAGAAGCUAAGGGAACUACCCUAUCAGAAACAAAGGAAGUGGUACCACAGACGAAGAAACAGUCAUAUAUAUCUUGUCCUCCACAAGGAAUAGUGAAUAAAAUAAUUACAAAUGGAGUUAUACUCUUUAUGCUGUGGUGUUUAACCUGGAUUUUCUCAGGCUCUGAAGCACUCCCUGGUGGAAAUGUAUUUGGACUAUUCAUUAUUUUUUGUUGUGCCUUUCUUGGGGGAAAAUUUUUGGAAAUCAUUAGAAUACCUUCAGUGCCUCCACUUCCACCCCUUCUUGGGAUGUUACUGGCUGGUUUUAUGAUCAGAAAUAUUCCAUUCAUUGGCAAACAUGUCCAUGUACAUACUACAUGGUCUGCAACUUUAAGAAACACUGCCCUUACCAUUAUCCUAAUACGAGCUGGGCUUGGACUUGAUCCACAGGCUUUACAACAUUUGAAAGCCGUUUGUUUAAGAUUGUCUAUGGGUCCGUGCAUCGCAGAGGCAUGUGCAGCUGCUAUUUUUUCCCAUUUCCUUAUGAAGUUUCCUUGGCAAUGGGGAUUUCUAUUAGGUUUUGUACUAGGUGCUGUCUCUCCUGCUGUCGUUGUUCCUUCCAUGCUGCUUUUGCAAGAAAAAGGAUAUGGCAUUGAGAAAGGCAUCCCAACCUUACUAAUAGCUGCUAGCAGUUUGGAUGACAUUAUGGCUAUCACUGGUUUCAACACGAUGUUGAGCAUAGUCUUCUCUACAGGUAGUAUACUUGAUAAUAUUCUAUCAUCUUUGCGGGACAUACUUGUUGGUGUGCUGGUAGGAACUAUUUUGGGAUGUUUUAUUCGAUAUUUUCCAAGUGAUGAUCAGGAAAAAAUUUCAUUGAAGAGGGCAUUCCUUAUUUUGAGUAUGUGUAUUUCUGCUGUCUUAGGCAGCCAACGUAUUGGUUUACAUGGAUCUGCAGGAUUAUGCACACUAGUGUCGUCUUUCAUUGCAGGGACAAAAUGGUCCAAAGACAAGAUUAGAGUCCAAAAUAUUGUUGCAAAUACCUGGGAUAUUUUUCAACCUCUUCUUUUUGGUUUAGUUGGAUCAGAAGUAACUGUUUCAGCUCUUGAAUCAAAUACUAUUGGCAUUUGUGCUGUUACCUUGAUUUUGGCAGUAUGUGUUCGAAUUUCAGUCACAUUUGUAUUGAUGUGUUUUGCUGGUUUUACUUUUAAGGAGAAAAUAUUUAUUGCUUUAGGGUGGAUGCCCAAAGCAACAGUCCAGGCUGUAUUAGGUCCUCUGGCUCUAGAAACAGCAAGGCUCUCUGCACCCAGCUUGGAAUCGUAUGCGAAGGAUGUGAUGACAGUAGCAUUUUUAGCCAUCUUGAUCACAGCUCCAAAUGGGGCUCUUCUUAUUGGCAUACUGGGGCCCAAAAUACUUACCCGCCAUAACGAGCCAGACAAAAUAAAACUGCAUUUGCCAAAUAUAGGCCAUCAUUAA